UGGAUUGUAUGACAGUCGCAUUUUACCUAUUUUCUACGUCAUGCAGUAGCCUUUUUCCAGUAGCAAUCCCUAACAUUUUUCUUCAAGACAGUUGUGUUCGUUGAAACGUUAUUUUGAAGCACGAGAGCGGAAACAGCUCGCCUCCUGUGGUGUGCAGACUGUUAGUUUGACAGCAGGACUACAAGCGAGCUCCGCAUUCUUUUGAGUUUUGACAGUCAGUCGCCGUGCGCAACGUCCCUGAAACAGUAUGGCAUCUGAAGAGCUCGCCAAGAAGCUACAGUCACGACUGGCCGCAUCGGAGGAGGUCGAGCCGAGGCCAGAACCCGAGGAGAACCUCGUCACGGCCAAAGUUCCAGAGAAUGAGGCGGCUUGUGACGACUGUUCAUCCGAGCUGUCAGCUAAACUCCACCGACGGCUAGACAUAAACGAAGGCAACGCUCCUCCUCGGGUUAGCCGCGUCUUCAACCCCUACACGGAAUUCAAGGAGUUCUCCCGAAAGCAGAUUAAGGACAUGGAGGUGAUGUUUAAACGGUAUGACACUGGUAAAGAUGGCUUCAUUGACCUAAUGGAGCUCAAACUGAUGAUGGAGAAGCUGGGUGCGCCACAGACUCACCUGGGGCUCAAGAACAUGAUCAAAGAGGUGGACGAGGACUAUGAUGGAAAACUCAGCUUUCGAGAGUUUCUGUUAAUCUUCCGAAGAGCAGCAGCAGGGGAGUUGCAAGAAGAGAGUGGUCUAAUGGCACUGGCCAGACUGUCUGAGAUAAACGUCUCCACUGAAGGAGUGAGUGGGGCGAAAGACUUUUUUGAAGCCAAGAUGCAGGCUCUGUCUGUGAGCAGCAAGUUUGAGGCUGAGAUCCGUGAGGAGAAAGAGGAACGCAAGAAACAGGAAGUGGAGAAAAAAGAGAGGCAAGCUGCCUUCAAACAGCUGCAAUCGGCCUUCUGCUCAUGACUCAAAAGAGAAAGUGGACGGCAAUCCUGAAAAUGCAUAUCCAAUGUUUGUCAAUUUAAAAGUACAGUACAUUCACAUGACAUACAUUCUUAAAUGGUAAAGUUAAAAAUUUGGAACUUUACAACAAAGUUAAUCACUCCCUUAAAUAUAUGAGCUGUUUUAUGAUUUGAUUGUUUAAUCAUGCAAACACAUCAAAUAAGAAAUAGGGACCAGUCAAAAUGUGUGUGUGUGUGUGUGUGAUUGUGUGUUUGUGUCUCUGUCUGUCUGUCUGUCUGUCGUUGUAUUGCAUUUUCACCCUAAAGUUAAAAUACUGAUUUUGUUCUGUAUUCCGUAAUCACUGUUUCAUAUAUGUAGUCUUGCAUCCCCUCAUUGGCUUCACCAUACUCUUGUCUGUAUUAGGUCUAUGAAGUGUGAUGUUCCAGUAUGGUCAUGUUGUUUCAUACAUUAUUUUUAAAAGUGUUCAAAUGUUUAUAUUUGAGAGAGACAUUCAGUGUGCGUUUGUGUAAAUACAUUUCUAAUCAUAAUUGGUCGACAAUAUUGACUCACAAGGCUGAUAGGAAAUAUAAGCCUCAUAUUGUCACAGCUUGCAUCGACUCUUAGGUCCAGCAUGAUCAAUUUCUUUUAUGAAGUCACCUUUGUAAAAAGUAAAAAAAAAAGGCUAGUCAGUUUUUGAAAGGAAAAAAAUAUAUUUUUGCCGAAAUUGUCUCUUCGUGAUACUGGGUGCAUUUGCUAAAAUUAAUGACAUUCUCAGUUGAUCUCAUCAUGGGAUUUCACCCUAGAAAUUAAAAAUUAUGAAUAAAGA